AUGAAGAUUGCUGAGUUGGUAACUGACUUGGCCAUGACCAAAAAUUGGAGCAGAGACUUGGAAUCAUCCACUGAAGACUUUUUUGGUUUAGGAUUUACCGACGAUGACUUCUGCCUUAUAGAAAAGCUGCCGUUUGCCUCCGUCUUUAUCUCUGUCAUCUACUUCACGAUUUUUUUCAUUGGCUUCUUUGGGAACCUGUUUGUGGUCCUGGUGAUGGUGCAGAAACGGGGCAACCAAAGGCUUGUGGACAACUUUGUCCUUAACCUGGCCAUUGCAGAUCUUGUCUUUGUAUGUACUUUGCCUUUCUGGGCUUUGACAGAAGCAUUUGAUUCCUGGUGGUUUGGUGAAGAGCUUUGCAAAUUUAGCAGCUAUGCCAUUUCUGUGAACCGUUGCUCAAGCAUCUUGUUCCUGAUGGGCAUGAGUGUGGAACGCUUCCUUGUGAUGAAUAAGCACUGGGAUUCCAGAUCUCUCGGGACCAAGAGAAAUACCAACAUUACCUGCGGUUGCAUCUGGGUGUUUUCCUUUCUAUUAGGAAUACCAUCUUUGCUCUACAGAAAGCUGAUCUCUGUGGGAGACAGGUUUGCAUGCCAGGAUGUAGACCCUUCUGUCAUCUAUACUUUCACAGUACUUUGUUUGACUUUCUUGCUACCCUUGGGUGUAAUCUUAUUCUGCUACUGCUCUAUCUUCUCCAUGCUCCAGAGUCAUGUCAACGUAGGAAGGAAAACAAACCAUGCUCUUAAAAUCAUCUUUGUCAUCAUUGGGGCAUUCAUCUGCUGUUGGUUACCUUUUAAUACCUUCACAGCUGUCAUCACUUACGGUAUGGUACAGAACAUUGACUUCCCUUGUGAGGCAGUGAAAGCUCUCAGGAGGGGAGUUAUUAUCAGUGCUUGUCUAGCUUUCACCAACAGCUGCAUUAAUCCUAUCAUCUAUGCCUUUAUGGACCAGCAAUUCCGACAGAAGAAUCAAGCCUUCUGUUUGGCAGCAAAAAGAGGUUCAUACCAGCCACAACUGUUCCAGUUAGCAGCGGGACUGAUUUAUAUGCCUCUAAAAGACAUAUAUAGUUGCUAUUGUUGAGACCAUACAGUAGAAUUGUUAAGCCAGGUUAGUUAUGGAAGAGAGACGAGGGAGAUGACUUAGAGGAUUGGUUUUCUUGAUAUGAAAAAAUGUUGUUUUGAAAAUUUCUGAUCAAACUUUGUGGUUUCUAAUACAAUGUCAAAUGAAUUUUUUAUGAUA